AUGCGCCGCUCUCUCCUUCGCCCGCCGCUCCACCCCAACGCCGCGCCGCCGCGCCGCCCGCCGCUCCAGCCCGACGCCGCGCCGCACCGGCCUCCGCUCCAGCAGCCCAAGCGGCCCGCCGCCUGCGGCGCGGCGGCCGCCGCCUGCGGCGCGGCGGCCGCCGCCUCCGCUGAGGGCUCGCCCGGCCGGCGUGCGUUCGAGGCCAUCUACUCCAACCCGCGGAAGAAGAGGGACCCGUCUCAGGACGGCUUCGUGCUCCUCGCUCCCGGCGGGCGCGUCAGCCUCCACGACGAGGCCGGCAAGCAGCUCGCCUCACGGGCGUGGCGGGGCGAGGACGCGGCGCUCGAGAGCGGCGGCGAGAUGGCGCUGGGCGGCCUGAGCUGCGAGCUUGGCGUGGGCGUCCUCGUGUCGGCCUUCGACUCGGGCGCCCUCUUUGGCAGCGGCGCGGCGACGCCCUCCGCGCCCGCGCCCGCGCCGCCGCCGCCGCCGCGGCCAGCCGCCGCGGCCGGCCCCUCCUCCUCCUCCGGCGCGCGGUGCACGCCCGGGCUGGCGCGUCCGCCGCCCUUUUCGCGGCGGGACCCCUCGCGCGCCCCGGUCGCGGUGGUGGAGGCGGCCUGCGCUCCGGCGGAGGCUCUCCUCCUCAACCUGGGCGAGAGGGACGCUUCGCCGGUGGCGGUCGAGCCGCACCUUGCUCGCCGCCUCCGCCCGCACCAGCGCGAGGGCGUGCAGUUCAUGUACGACUGCUGCCUCGGCCGCCGGCGCAGCGCCGACGGGCGGCCGCUCUCCGGGGGCAUCCUCGCGCACUCGAUGGGGCUCGGCAAGACGCUGCAGGCGCUCUCGCUCGUGCACACCCUCCUCAAGAGCGGCCCGCGCGCCUUAGAAGCUGACCAUGCAUUCCAACUAGCGCUCGAGAGCACACGCCCCCGUGGCGUGCCCUCCAUCAGCAAGGCGGUCAUCGUGUGCCCCGCGAGCCUCGUCGACAACUGGGCCGCCGAGUGCGGCAAGUGGCUCGGCCCGACGCGGCUCAGGCCGACGGUGCUGCCGCAGGGCAAGGCGGCGGCGGCGCUCGCCGCGCGCGAGUUUGCAGUCUGCCGGCCGCAAGUGCUGCUCGUCGUCGGGUACGAGACGCUGCGGUCGCACGCCGACGCCCUCGCCGAGGCGCACGCGCAGAUCGGGCUGAUGGUCUGCGAUGAGGGUCACCGCCUCAAGAGCUCGGCUGGCAACCAGACGAUCGACGCGCUCUGCAAGGUGGGCGGCGGCGCGUGCAAGCGGCUCGUCCUGACCGGCACGCCGAUGCAAAACGACCUGACCGAGUUCUGGGCGAUGGCCGAGUUUGCCUCGCCCGGCGCGCUGCCGCCGCUGGCCGAGUUCCGCGCGACUCUGGCGCAGCCGAUCGAGGAGGCGCAGCGCGCCGGCGCCAGCGAAGAGCAGGCGAGCGUCGCGGGCUGCGUCUCCCCGCACCCGCGUGGCCUCUCCCCAGCGGCCUCUCCCGUGACGCGCCCGCGGCGCGGCGGUCAGGUGAGCCUCGCCGCCGAGCGGCAGCAGGAGCUGCUCGAGCGGAGCGCGGCCUUCAUGCAGGUGCGCGGGCGCGACGUGCUCGACAAGCUCCUCCCCGCGCGCCGAGAGCUCGUCGUGUGUUGCGCCCUGAGCGAGGCGCAGCGGGCGAGCUACACCGCGGCGCUGGCCCUCCUCCGCGAAUUGCAGGAGUCGGGCGGCGGCGGCGGCGGGCCCGAGCACUUGUCGGCCAUCAUGCGCCUCCGCAGCAUCUGCAGCAGCGGCCGCGCCACGCCUCGCGACGAGGACGGCGCGGCGUGCGACGGGUCGCCAACCUCGGCCGCGCAAACCUCGGCCGCGGCGGGCGAGGUUGGCAAGGCGGCCGCCCUCCUCGGCCUGAUGCCGGCCGUCGCCGCCGCCGGAGACCGCGUGGUCGUGUGCUGCCAGUUCCAGUCCUCGCUCGACCUCAUCGAGGCCGGGCUGUCGAGGCUCGGCCUCGGCUCCGUCCGCAUCGACGGCAAGGUGCCAAAGGAGAAGCGGCAGGAGCUCGUCAACCGGUUCAACGCGCCGCACUCCCGCGAGACAGCCUUCCUCCUCUCGACCAAGGCGGGCGGCACCGGCUUCAACCUCACCUCGGCCAACCGGCUCGUCCUCUUCGACCCGGACUGGAACCCCGCGACGGACAAGCAGGCGGCCGGACGCGUCUUCCGCGACGGCCAGACGCGCGACGUGACCAUCUGGCGGCUGCUCUCCGCGGGCACGCUCGAGGAGAAGAUGUUCCAGCGCCAGGUCUUCAAGGGGGACUUGGCCGACGCGAGCGUCGGCGGCGGCGGCGGCGGCGGACGCGGCGGAGGAGCGGAGAACAGGUUCUCGCGCGACGAGCUGCGGGCUCUCUUUGAGUACGACCCGGCGGAGCGCUGCGAGACCCUCCGCCUCCUCCUGCGAGCGGCGGGCUGCGAGGCGGAGGCGGAGGGCCGCGCCGCGCCCGAGAGCUGGCUGCGCGAGGCCACUCCUGCCCGCUCCCCGCCCGCGCCCCGUCGCCCGACACUCUUAACCCCCCCCACCCCACCCCACCCCCUGCAGAUGGCGGCCGCCGACCCUGUGCUGUGCGACGCCCUGCGCGGCGACCCCGCGCUCUGCGGCCGCGUCACCUUCGCCACCGACGUCACGCUCCUCCUCGGACUCCGCGCAAAGGCCUCCCCGCCCGAAGGAGAGGCGCCACGCCGCGAGCGCGCUGAGGGCGGCGGCGCCGCCUCUGACUCGCCCCACGACGACGAGGACGCAGCGCCCGCCGCCCCUGCGGCCGCUGCUGCCCCGUCCGCCGCCAGCAUCAUGAUGCCCAGUCGCCCGCCGGCCCGGCCAGCGUGGCCACCCGCCGCCCCGUCGCGCGCUCGUCCGGCAAGCGGCUCCGUCUCGUGGCCGACCGAGGCCGAGGUGGCGCGCCGCUUCGCCGCUGUGGCAGAGGAAGAGGAGGCCCAUCCGGCCGCCACAGGAGGAGGAGGCGGCAAGCGGCUUCUGUGUGACGUGGACCAGAGCGAGGAGGCGGAGCUGCGCCGGCUCGAGUCCGGGCGGCUCGCCCCGCCGCCGCAAGAGCGGAAGCGGCGCCGCGCGAUCGCUUGCAGCAGCGACGAGAGCGACUGA